CGAAAUCAAUCUUGGUUGAAUACUCAUCUUUGUACGGACUUGUUUGCUUUAUAAUUUUAUAAAUCAACAUGAAGUUUCUUAUAAUUUCAUUGGCUGUCAUUGCCGCAGUAUCUGCACAGCAAUACAACCAGCAGAACCAGCAGCCGAUUGCGAUCGUAAGACAAUCCCAAGAUUCUUCCCCCGAUGGUUCUUACCAGUACAGCUACGAAACUGAAAAUGGCAUCAGCGUUGACGAACAAGGACAACCCGCUGCACAAGGACCAGAUGGAGCAGCUGUUGUCGCUCAAGGAGGGUACCAAUACGUCGGUGAUGACGGUGUUACUUACCAAGUGAGAUACACCGCUGACGAGACUGGAUUCCACCCAGAAGGUGCUCAUCUUCCAGUGGCUCCUCCAAUCCCAGAAGCUAUCGCUCGUGCUCUUGAGUACAUCCGCACCCACCCCCAACCACAAGAACAAUAAACCAAUAAUCCAAUUCUGUAAAUUUAUUAUUGUUAAAAUUUCAUGUUUAAAUAAAUUUUUUUUUUAAUAAAAAAAUAAAAUAUA